ACGCAAUCGCGUCGUGCGUCAAGUACGAUAAAGACAUAAAAUCCCGUUGUUUUCUCUGCGUUUCACUCUAGCAUUUUAUAAACAAUCACAGACAACUUCUUUUUGAGCAGUCUUGUAGUGUGUUUUAAUAAACUAAAGUAUAUAAAAAAGUUAAUAUGUUUUCCUCAAAAGUUUGUGUAAAUCGUACGAGUUGUGAGUUAUUAAGCAACUUUAAACGACAAAUCAGUAAAACAUCUAGCACACCAAACAUUGAUGUCAUAACUAGACAACAAGAAAAUAAAUUCAACGUAAAUGAUGAUCAGUCUUCAGGCACAAACAAAUGGAUGAUAAUCAAUAAGCACAAUAAUAUAAGAGCUCUCUCCACAAUUCAUACAAAAACUCAACCAAAAGUAGCCGCUAUGACUGUGGUUUCAAAAGAAGAGAGUCGUGAAUUUAUGGCUCUGUUUCCUGACAUUGUCCGGGAUCUAACUGAUGCUGGUAGGCACACUGAUAUUCCUGAAGUGACUAAAAGAUUUGCGAAACUUUUGCAAUACAAUGUGCCCAACGGCAAGAAAAACAGGGGAUUAUCUGUUGUUGCAUCGUAUAAAACUUUGGAAAAACCCGAAAAUCUCACCCCUGAAAGUAUAAGACUGGCCAAUAUUUUGGGAUGGUGUGUUGAAAUGCUCCAAGGAUUCCUAUUGGUUGUAGAUGAUGUCAUGGACCAAUCAGACACGCGUCGAGGUUUUCCUUGUUGGUAUAAAAAAGACAAUAUUGGAUUAAGCGCAAUGAACGAUGGCAUUUUACUGGAAAACGGCGUUUAUUCGAUCUUGAGAAAAUAUUUUUCAUCGCACUCAUGCUAUCUACCAGUUAUAGAAUUAUUUCAUGACAUCACAUUAAAAACAGCCAUGGGCCAAAGUUUGGAUUCAAUGUCUCACAAAGAUGGAAAACCUAACUUGGAGAUGUUUACUAUGAAUAGAUAUAACUCAAUCGUUAAAUACAAGACUGCCUAUUAUACAUUCCAAUUGCCAAUCGCUUUAGCAAUGUAUUUGGCAAAUUGGCACGACGCGGAACAACAUAGACAAGCUAAAACCAUCCUUUUGGAAAUGGGACAGUUCUUCCAAAUACAGGACGACUUUUUGGAUUGUUUUGGAGAUCCCGAGGUAACUGGUAAAAAGGGAACGGAUAUCAGGGAGGGAAAAUGCACUUGGUUAGCAGUGGUGGCUCUUCAGAGGGCCAGCCCUAGUCAGCGUCAAAUAAUGGAUGAACAUUACGGAAAAUCAGAGCCGGAAUCAAUUAAAAAAAUCCGUAAUCUUUAUGAGGAAUUAAGUCUGCCCAACACUUAUGCAAUUUAUGAAGAGGAAAGCUUUAAUAUCAUCCGUACGCAUAUCCAACAAAUAUCAAAGGGUCUGCCACAUAAUUUGUUCUUUAAAGUUAUGGAGAAAAUAUACAGACGUGAAUGUUAAACUCGUUCAGUAUUUUUUAUGUUAAAUUAAAAUAGUCAAUAAUAAGUCAUAAAUAAUAUAUCCAUUCUUUUGAUAAUAAAAUAAAUAAAUUAAAAUUGUUGUGUAUGUAGAUUUAUAUUUAACAAUUAAAUGUGCGAUAAAUUCUUUUUCAGAAAUGUUAAGUAAGUACUAUUUUUAGGUUAUUUUUCUAUUGUUAGUUGUCAUUCGUGGUCAUUCAUGGUCAUUGUAAAAGGGAGAUUGUUUUAUAUCAGUGAAGGAUUAACGGGAGGUUUUUGGCUCCGAAAUCCCCAGUGAAUUUAGAACAAAAUUUUAUUAGAAAAAAUUAAAAGCUAUGCACCCCCUACCCUCCAAAAAUCCUGGAUCCACUGCUUUAUAUGAAUCACUUUAUCCAAUAUUCUAGAUCUAUUUUGUUCAUUUAAUUUGAUUACUUUAGUUUAUUUUGUUAUAUUUUAUUAUAAAUAAUUAUUAUUACAAUAAAGAUAUUGGAGGUUAUAAAAUGUAUCUAAUUUUUUUUUAAUUUUGCUCUUUUGCCCAGGG